AUGACCGAGUCCGUGACCGUGACCAUGACCGAGUCGGACUCACCGAGUCUGGGGAAGGUUGAGGAGAUCAUAGGAUAUAUAUUCAAAAACAAAGACUUGUUGAAAGAAGCGUUUACCCAUACUUCUAACCAAGAUGACGAUGAUGGUUGUCAAUCGUCCUACGAGCGCCUCGAGUACCUCGGUGACUCCUUUCUCAACUUUAUGAUCGCCAAACAACACUACUUCCAAUACCCGAAUAUGAAACCUGGCGAGUUGACUCAGCUGCGUGCCGCCAAUGUCGACACUGAAGCAUUGGCUCGAGUCGCAUUCAAACAUGGCUUCCAUAACUUUAUCAGACACCAAGAUCCUCUACUCCUUGGACGGAUUCAAGAACUUACGGAAGCAAUCAAGGAGCAUCCUUUGCACUCAAAUGGUUUGAUCAAUUCGCCCAAGAUACUAGCGGACGUUGUCGAGUCUCUGAUCGGUGCAGUCUACGUGGAUACCAAUUUAUCGAUAGACGAUACAUGGGAGGUAGUGAAGAAGAUGUUGGAACCGUUGACGCCAUGGGAAAAGCUGAAGAAAAAUCCGGUGACGAGAUUGAAUGAAACGUGUCAGAAGAUGGGGAUCGAAGUGGAAUACAAGAAUCUGUGGGUGGAGAACGGGGAGAUAGAAAUAUAUUUAGGUAAUAAGUUGAUUGGGAGAGGAAAGUAUAAGAAAAAGAAAAUGACGGCAAGGAACAAGGCGGCGGUUGAAGCAUAUAAUACUCUUGUCAAACACUUGGGUGUUGAUCAACUUCCAUUUCUUUCUUAA